AUGGCUUCCUCUGUGAGAAGACAAUUGCAAGGUCCAAGGCCUGCACCGCUUAUGGUGAGCAGGAACUCUUCAAAGAUCAAGAAACCAUGGCUUCCGAAUCGUCAGAGACGCUCUCCUGUUGUAAUUUAUCUGAAAUCACCUGAUAUUAUUCACGUUAAACCUGAGGAGUUCAUGGGUCUCGUGCAACGUCUUACUGGGAAACAAGCACAGAGUAGUGUUUCUGCUUCAUCGUCUUCUUCAACUUCUUGUGCAGUGGCUGAUACUGAGUCCAUGGAAAAGGGUCCUUCGAGCAUGGCGGAACAACAAGAGUUGGAUAGUGAAUUAGCUCAAUUUCCCAGUUUCUUUUUAAACAUUUUCACAGAUCAUUGGAGUGAAUUUCAGUAG